AUGUCAACAAUACACGAUGCAGAUUCAUUCAGCUCACUGUCUGUCGGGUCACUGGAAGCAUUGGACAGAAUAGAAGAUAGCCAUAUGGCCGAUGAGUCGCUACCCACCAGAGACUAUGAGAAGAGUUUAGAUAUGGGCUGGCGGCAACAGAAGCAGAAGGAACCGGAUCAUGACACCAAGAGCCAAUCCGAGGUUCCUGAUUCCAGCAAGACUGACCAGUUCGAUCGACAUGAUAUGAACUGGCGCCGCGAGGACUCCAGCCAUGGAGUGACGAGACGAGUACAGACAUAUUAA